AUGACCGAUUUGGAGAAGAAGUCUGCGACGAAUCCGCAGGGGAUGGAGGCACAGUUUGCGGCCGUUCUUGCGGAUGCCACGAAGCUGUUCAACGAUUCAUCUGACAAGGGUCCGACGCUCAGUGAAUUUCUAACGCCGCCGAUGAAGUCUGUAUCCGAUUUAAAACUUCAGUUGACUAUUCAAAAUGAUCGGUUUAACCACUUUCGAGAAAAGCGUCAGAAGAUUUUCGACGCUGUUGGAGCUGCUCUGCGGCCGAUAGAGCUGAUAGGAGAUAUCGUGGCCGAGGGAGCUUCGGAAGUUUUCCCGCCAGCACAGGGCAUCUUUGCCGCAGUGAUGUACCUGAUAAAUGCUGCGCAUGAUGUUUCUGCAAUGUAUGAUUCGAUAUUGGAGCUCUUUGAGCAACUUAAAGAUUUCACCUCGAGGCUGGACGUGUACUUGAAUCACACGCUGAGUCCCGCGAUGCGCGAGAAACUAGUCACUAUUCUGGCAACAUUGUUUGAAGUCCUCGUUAUUGCUACUAAAGCUGCGCAUCAUGGAAGGUUGAAGGCGUAUUUCAAAAAGCUAAUAGGGAUCGAGAGCCCUGUCCAAGCGGCACUUCAGAAGCUCAACAGCUUAACGCUGGGAGAGGAGCGGCAAGCUAUUGCAGAGACGCAUGGGGGUGUUGCUGAGCUCAAUAUCAAAUCAGACAGAGUAGAGGAUAUGAUUGCACAGAUGAGCCAGAAUAUUCUGGACUUGCGGCUGGGGCAGCAGCGAAACGGGGGCCUUCUCUACAGAGAAAAGCUGCGGGAAAUUCUAGAGCCCACUCCUUUUGCAGAAGAUUCCUACGCGGCAUUCACCAAGCAUAGAGUUCAAGGAACAGGAGACUGGCUAUUGAAAGACGAGGGCAUGAAAUCUUGGCUUCAAGGAGAAUCUCAGCAUCUGUGGAUAUCUGGCAAUCCCGGUACUGGAAAGUCUUUCUUAACAUCGCGAGUUAUCACUUGGGGCCUUGAAAAGCUUCCACAUUUGGGUUACUUCUUCUUUUCUGGAAACGAUCCGGAGACGCGAUCUGUGCUGCAGGCGCUGCGCGAUGUCGCUUAUCAGCUUAGUGAAAACGAUGCCAUAUAUGCUGAGAAGUUAACAAGGCAGCUUCAUAGCAGCGACGAAAUUAGAACCAUCCCCAGUGCAUUUAGGAGGCUGUUUGUGCAACCAUUACUGGAAGAUAGCCGGGAUACAACUGUAUACAUAUUCUUCGACGGUAUAGACGAAGCAGAGCAGAGUGACAUUGAACAACUUUUGUCUCUUCUUGCACCUGGAGAUGAAUCCGAGUCGGAAUCACGACCCAGGCUACAGUUUGCUUUCACUGGAAGGAGUUAUUUAGCUGAAAUGGUAUCCGCUGCAUUGGAUCCAAAUUCAGCCGGCCAAGUGUUCACAACCAUUUAUGUGACACCAGAGUGUAUUGCGGACGACGUGAGCGCCUUCAUUACCGACGGCGUGCGACACUCAAGAAUACUUAGCCGGUCUCCAGAAGAGUUCAAGCACGAGGUUAUCGAAUCCAUGAAGAAGCAAGUUGACGGCCUCUUUAUCUUGGCCAAAUUUAUGUUGAAUGAGAUCAACCAGAAGCGGCAUCCAAGUUCAAUUCUUAAAAGCCUGAAGUCUUUUCCGAAAGAAAUUAACGGAAUGCUCAACGAAACGCUUGCCAACCUCUCUGUCACCAUUUCAGAGGAAGAUGCUCGUGACCUCACCGAGAUGCUGCGGUGGGUUUCUUGUGCCGAAGAAUCACUCACGCUCGAGCAACUGGAAGCCGCACUCAUUAUGAAAUUUGGAGAUCCUCCGUUGCGGCUUGAAGAAUCACUGCGAGGCCAAUACGCGUGCUUCUUUGCGCUUGAACGUGAAGACGGCUUAACCACAGAUGACCUGGUCAAAGAUUUUGCUAGAACGCAGCGAGAGGCGCAUCCGGAAGGAAGCCAUAGUCCAAGUCCAAGUCCGCGUCUUCGCGCCCUUAGUGGUUUUGAUACAAGCAGUCCCAGGCGCGGAAUCAGUCCCGUGGGCCGAGAUAUCCUGGGCACCAGUCCGCCCACGGUCGAAAUGCCUAGUCCACGGCAUUUUAGCCCGGCACGGAGCCCUGGAAUCUUUGAUACCUCUAACGAGAUUGAAUUUCGGUCAAACCCUUCGACGACAUAUGUAACUUUCUGCCACGCCUCAGUACGGCAGUUCUUUCGUGAGGGUAACGCAAACAUUACCCAUGCGACGAAAGGAGGCGUUGCGAUCGGCUUUGAUCUAAGGACGGCACGCAUCGCAAUUUUGAAGUCUUGUCUACGAAUCUUCAAUGACAAAGCAUGGUUUGACAAGCUGGAGUUGGAUCACGGGAAAGAAGCUAUAAAACAAUAUGCCGCUUGGUACUGGCAAGAACAUUUGGCGGCUCUUGACCCGGCGACUGUUCCAUCGGAAGACAAGAAAGAGAUAGGCAUGCGCAUAUUCAACAUGCUGACGGUGGAGAAUGUCAUCUACGACUGGAGCAUCAUGUAUGAGAAGAAUGAUGAAGGUUUGGAAGUACUCACCGACUCUAACAUCCAAGCCCUCCAUAAAUGGCUCAAUGAUAAUGACACUUUCGUUGGUCUUUCAGCCGAAGCGAAAGAUUUUGUCAAAAAUCAAGCUAAAGAGGAUCUCGGAAUUUGCCAGGCAAUUGGUCGAUUCUAUGCGAAGCAGUGGCUAUCUAAAGAUUGCAUCAGCUAUGUCCCAACACUAUUCUGUUUCAACAUUGUCCAGAAUGUGGCUUUUAUGAGCGAUGGACAUCCUUGGUCUCAAGCGCAGACUCGUUGGUCCGAGAUGCCAGUCAAGGAUAGAGUGCGAAGAGCCAUUAAGUGGGCAAACUAUCCUCCAACAGCACACUCGCAUCGACGCCUAGGAAGCACGUAUCUGAUGCUGGAGCUAUUCAGCGACGCCUUGAUGCACUACAACAAAGCGCUUGAGCUAGAUCCCAAUAACGUCGGGACUGCGGGUCGCAUUGCCUACUGCUUAUCCAAAUAUGGCCAUUACAGCGAAGCUUUGGACCGGGCUCUCAAGUGUGCCGAGAUUGAAGAAAAGAGUAUUCUCGAUGGAGCUCUGCAGGGUUAUGAUUUGACAAGUUGCCAUUGGCGUCUCUACAAAGACUAUCUGCUCGUUGCACGGUGCUCAUAUCUGACGGGGAAGAUGGAGCCUGCGCUCAAGUAUUUUCGUAAAGCAAUUGACGGUGCACCAAACGCAAAUCUAAAACCCUUUGAGCGUUUUGAAGCCGAAGUCGAAUAUUUAGAAAUGCUGGCGAAUGCAAAUUUGCAUUCUGAGAUGAUGAGUCUGCUUCAAGAGAUGGCAAAGAAAGUCGAUGGCAAAGGCAAAGAGCCAAGCUGCCUGAUAGACCUACUUCUCGGCAAUUGCGACAAGCUGCUUGUCAUGGAUUGGAUCCCUAAGGCAGCUUGUAAGACAGGUAAAGUGGAAUUCAUGUUGAACCAGUUUGACAUAGCCAUUGAGACUGCCCGUGGCAGCAAUCAAAUGGGCGUGCUCUAUCUGCGUCUGGCAUAUGGAACCACUCUGGCUUAUAACCGUGACCUAGAUGGUUCAAUCGAGAUAUUUGAGCGGAUUUCCUUGGUUGAGUACAGGCCAAGAGGUAAUGUUCCAACACGUCAUGGGCAUGCGACAUCGUUCCAGAAGCUGUCUGCUCUGUACAAACAAAAGAUUCUCCAAACCGAGCUCAAAUCGCCCGAAGCCAUGGAGUGGAUACAGAAAUUAGAGCAAAUCCAAGAGAAGCAGAGCAACAAUCAAAAUUUCGAUGUGCCUGCGGACAAAUAUGGCUCAGAUGUCAAUAUAGCAUCUGUUUAUCUGGCGUUGUUUUAUCGUCUUCUAAAGGACGAACCGAAAGCAAGGCAGCUCCUGGGUAAUUUGGUCAUCAACAGCCUCGACCUUUUACUAGACGAUGAGCCAAGAAAUGACCAAUACGCUGUUGAAAACUUGUUACAGGCAUUCAUCGCAGCCAACGAUACUGAAGAUGCGCAGGCGCUGGCUCGGUCCAUGAGAAAGGUCAACCGCGCGGUUGCAAUGGCGACUCCUCUGGCUUCUCCAACGCUCACGCGAAUCGAACCAAAGCUUCCCAACAUCCAGUCUCUUGAUAAGUGGUGCGCACAAUGUUUGAACAACAUCCCUACGACUGAGAAUAUGUACCUGUGUCGACUUUGCGUGGAUGCCUAUUGCGAAAAGUGUUUGAAUGGAAUCAUCAAGCAGCCCGGGAACAAGACUCGCGAUCGCAGACCGGAUGUUGUUUGCCGUAGUGACCACGACUGGUUUACAAUACAGCCGUUGAACCAGUUUUUGCAUACAGGAGAGAUCCUCUGGGGCGAUGGCAUGGUGAAGAAUUUUAGAGAGUGGGAGAACGCAUUAAGAGCGAGAUGGCAUGAUGUUGUCUUAAGCAGCGGAACUAUGCGUUCUGUAGCAUGUUAG